AUGCUCACCCCGACCCAGAUUGAAAAAGCCCUCACGGCUAUCGACACCAACAAAGAACUCGAAUGCCCCGAACUAGCAGACACUCUGAAGGGCGCGAGAUGGAUUCACCAGUCCAUCGACCCAUUUAUGAACGUAAAGAGCGUCAUCCAAGAGGGUCUCGAGUUUCUGGCCAACCAUAUAACGGAUGGUAUGACCCGACAACAAAUAUUGGAUUUACAACCCAAGCUCUGGUCCUUCUAUGAGAUGCAGGACUUGAUGCCCGACCUUAUGGAUAUCAUCAAGAAGUGCGAGGACAAUUCUGCCUUGAUUGGCAAAGUCAUUGAUUUGGUAUCGAGUGCUGCAGCUCAUUCGCGAUCCGACAAUCUCUUCAAGGCACAUAAGUUGAUCCUGGAGUUGAUCCCAUUUGAUCUGAGGGUCCCACUUGACCUACAGGCCUACAAACUGGCCUGUGCCAGGGUGAACCGGGGCUAUAAACACCCUGCAUACGCCGCUCUUUUAAUCCCGCGUGUCAAGUUCGCCGAGCUCGCCGACCUCAAUGCGCGUGAAAUUCUCGUGCGAUGUGAAUCACUCGAAGCCGAUACCAAAAAUGGAGACGCGCUGGAUUGGCCAGCUUGCUUGUAUGACCCUGACAUCCCAUUUGACAUAGACGACGAGGUCCAAGGUCUGUUUCGACCACCCUUGGGUCCCCAAUUUGUCCAACGUAUGCUUGUAGGCGAGGCCAACAGGCUUGGAGGACGUGCCAGCAAAGGACAGAUUCACAAACUUGUCAUUGCAAUCAGCGGUAAGACUUGGCCUGAGGCGAAGAGCAUUUUGAAGGCCGACCGCCUCUACGCAUCUAUUCUGACGCUUCUGUCGGGUCUUUCUGAUGACGAUACGUGGGCCAAGGAGACUGUGGCUUGGUGGCAAGAGAACAUUAUCUUGCCAUCUGAGCCCGUGGAUCAUGACAAGAAGUCGUCCCCUUUGGAAGGUAGUGCACGCGACAGACGCCUCAGAGACCCGGUAGAACGGCGUAAAGCUCAAAUGGCCGCUGCGGCUCAAGCACCUGCACCUGCUCGUGCACCUGCUCGUGCACCUGCUCGUGCACCUGCACCCGCACCCCCUCGUGCACCCACACCCGAACCUGCUCGUGUACCCACACCCGCACCUGCAUCUCCUCAAGCACGCGCACCCUCCUCCCACCCCGCCCCAGAUAAUGGGUCUGCACCAGCGCUAGCUAAAGCAUUUGCAGCUGUUUCACUGGCGGAACCUGUGCCUCAACAAGUCUCCCGUCGCCGAAUGGCAUUAAACGCGAUUAGGAUCCCUUCAGAAUCCCCCCCUGACCUCCCUUCCGAGGAUUCUUCCUCUCUUUCUUCCGAAAACGAACGCUCCCCUUCCCCACCAGCCCCGAUCAAGAUCAAGCUCCCUGCAAAGAGGAAAGCGGCGCCACGCCGCCCUGGUCCAAAGCGCAAAGACGCACCACCUUCAGACCCCUUCGAGACCGGGGAUGAGGCCCUGCCUACUCCCAACGCUGAUGCCGUUCCUGCUCCCAAUUCUGACGCCACCGCCGCCGACGGUGAAGAACCACCAGCUAAAAAGGCCAGGACCCAGGCCAAGGGAACGCGCCAACCUAUCAAACGUAAGGCUAAGAAAUUCUGA